ACGGGUUUGAUUUGAUUAAAAUAGCAUUUUGUCCAGUGAUGUGCUGAAUAUCCAUAUCCGCGGAUAUCCGAGGUUUAAAAUCAUUCACCAUGUUUAAACUACUUAUCUUCACAUCCAUACUCAUGUGUACAUUCUGUGAUGAGUCAUUAAACAUUUCUUUGUCGUCUAGUCAAUUAUUUACAUUUGCUCAGCCUCAAUCAUUCCUGCAGUUACAACCAGAUUGGCCAUUGCCUUCCAUUAGAGAAGUGAGAUUUAAGUUCAGGACAGAUAGACCUCAUGGACUUUUGCUGUUCCAUGGCUCCACAUCAUCUAUGCCAGAUUUUCCUUUAUAUGAAUUCUAUGUUAUGCUAGAAAAUGGUCGCAUUAAAAUUAUACAUGUCUUCAAUGGUCAAGACGAAACUUUUAUCAUUGCAAAAGGUUUGAAUCGUGAUAAGUGGCACUAUGUGACUUUAACCAUUAACCCUCGUACAGCACACCUUUCUGUGAGAGUUGAUGAUCAAAUGAUGACAGAUAGUUUGCUUUCCUUAUCUACGGACCCUAGUUAUGGGAUUGUGGAUAAUGCUCCACCUCAAACAGUAAUGUAUUUUGGAGGCCUUGAUCCCAACAAUCAAGCGACAAACCAGAAAUAUAAUUAUGUUCGCUUCAUUGGCUGCUUGGGCGAAAUAAUGUUCAGCCAUUCUGGAUCCCCGGUGCUGACUCCAACAAGGAUCAUCCUUGACAAUCAAAUGGAGAAAGGUUGCAUGAACCAAUGUGAGAAGAAAAAUCCGUGCCUUUACGAUGGGAAAUGUAUCAACCAUUAUACACAUACGUCCUGCGACUGCUUUGGAACUGGCCAUGAAGACAAAAUUUGUUUCAGUGGUGAUCCUGUUACUAUGACAUUCCGUGGCUACUCAUAUGUUACUUAUCGAGUAUAUGAUUGGAGAGACAGAGCUCAUUCUGAAGCUACACGAAUAAGCUUCAAUUUUAAAACAUUUUUUCAAGAUUCAGUUCUCAUGUAUGCAUCAGGUGAACAUCCAAGUCGAAAUUAUUUAGCGCUAAGUUUGUAUGGAGGGCAGUUACACUUUGAGAUCAACUUCGGAGAUGGGCCUCUUAAUUGCACAAUUGGAUAUUCCCUCAAUGAUGAAAUGUGGCAUACACUGCUUGUAACACACCAUGGCAAAGAUGUUUCACUUAAGCUUGAUUCUCGAUGGCACAAUACGCUUGAGGCCUCGGGAGUUCAUCACCUUCAUUUAGACCCUGAGAUUUAUAUUGGAGCUGCACCAAAGAAAGCAAAAGGUUUAAAGUCUAGAGAAAAAUUUAUUGGCUGCUUGCGUAAUUUUUACUUCAAUGACAAGAGUGUGUUACAUGCUUUGUACAGUGGAGAAAAUACUGCUCGCUACUACAGCAUGUUUGCUGCUGAAUACGGAUGUGAUCCCACGAAUGUGAUUCCCAUGACAUUUCCUCUCCCUGAGUCCAAGCUGCUUUUGACCAUGCCAAGUACCAAGAAAUUGCAGUUGUCUUUAGAAUUUAAAACAUUGCAGGCCAAUUGUGUGUUAGCAUCGGGGGAAAUAAAAACUGAAAAUGGUGUUGGCAUCUGGGAGCUAUUACUUCACAACGGAAUUGGGAUGUUUAUCAUCAACCGAUCACCAAAGGAAGAUCCUGCAUUGUCUUGGUCUAUCAAUGAUGAAGCCUCUGGAAAGCAGUUGGCGAAUGAUGAAUGGCAUCACAUUGGAAUUGUUUAUGAUAGUGGGGAAGUAAAGUUAGAGGUUGACUAUAGUCAUGCAGCUAAAGCAACAUUUACUCAUCCACUUGAAUUUAUGACCCAAAUGAUUUUAACUACAAGUGCCAGGAAUGCUGAGAGAGGUUUUAUUGGAUGUAUGAGGGAUAUUUAUGUGGCAGGAGAUUGGAUUGAUCCUAGAACUGUUGUAGAUACAAAGCAGGUUUCUGGAAAGGUGUCAUUAGACAGCUGUUUGUUGGUAAAUUUGUGCAAUAAUCCUUAUGCAUGUGAACAUGGGGGCAGAUGCUAUGUGGAAAAAGGAGAGACUCAGUGUGAUUGUGAAAAAACUGGUUACACUGGGAAAACUUGUCACUUUUCUCUUUAUAAGAGGACAUGUGAGGAACUCUACCUUGUAGGAUACAGGAAAAAAGGUGUGUACACUAUCGAUAUCGACAGAAAUGGACCUUUGCCCCCUGCCCACGUGUACUGUGACAUGGGAGGGGAAAGUGGAAGUACUAUUGCUACUAGGGUUGAAAAUAAUAUGCCGCCAGAAAUGGUUGUGAGAAAAGCUGGUAUGAAGUCUUUUUACGUUGAUGUUACAUAUCGAGAAUUUACUCCGACAAUGUUACAGUCACUAGUUAAACAUUCAAAAGUCUGCUCCCAAGCUGUCAAAUACGAAUGUUUCAAGGCACCACUUGGAUUACGUACAUAUACCUGGAUGGAGUCAUCUGGAAGCAAAGAUUACAUCACUAGCAUUGGGAGCCAAUCUGAAGGUUGUAAAUGUGCAGAAACAAGGACAUGUGCCAACACUUCUCUUUUAUGCAAUUGUGAUAUUACAGAUGCUCGCUGGCGAGUAGAUGAAGGGGAGUACACUAACCCAAGUCAUCUGGGUAUUACUAGAAUAUACAUUUUGCAGCCCGAUGACCUAGAGUCUACUGCAGAAGGAAGGCUUACUUUGGGACCUCUAGAGUGUGUUGAAACAGAUACUCAAGAGUAUGUGAUAACCUUCAAGACAUGGAAUUCUUACAUUGAAGUUCCUGGUUGGCGAAGGGGAGACAUUGCUUUCAGCUUCAGAACAUCUAACAGUCAGGCAGUAUUGAUUUAUCAGUCUUCAUUACAUACUGCUCAUGGAUAUCUUAGAGUGCUGCUUACAAAUGAUUAUGAGCUAUCUUUUGAAUUUACAUUGAACAAUAAACCAAGAAGUGUCAAAGUAAAAUCAAGGAGAAAACUGAAUUCAGGUGAAUGGCAGCAAGUUUGGGUUGACCAUGACAUGCAUCACAUGCGUUUCACUGUUAAUUUGGAUUCUGUUAUGGUGGAUUAUGGGGAAUCACAUGGUGUUGGACCGUUUGAGGGUCCUCUAUUUGUCGGAGGAGUUCCUGAAUUAGUUGCUGGUGACUCUGCCAUCAAGGAGGGAUUCAUCGGUUGUUUUAGAGGACUUGUUAUCAACGAUGUUGUAGUGGAUCUGUAUAAGCACAUGACUAGAAGUGAAUCAGCUAUUGUGCAUGGAUGUCAGCCUUCUUGUGCCUCAAAUCCUUGUCAGAAUGGAGCUACAUGUCUUGAAUAUUGGGGAUCCUAUUCAUGUGAAUGUGUUAAUUCAUUUGCUCACUCUGGCAAAAACUGCGACCAAAAUGUUAAUAUGAAUGGUAUGACGAUUGUGACUCCCAAGUCAUUUUAUCAUCACAAAACAGAAGGCAGUGAAACAAAUCCUGUUUUGGAAAAGAAUCUUUUGCUUAGUUUUCGAACCUUUGAGAAGGAAGGAAUUUUACUAUACGCCUUUGACAACUUCAACAAUUUUGUACAACUACAUUUUGCAAAUAAAAAUGUAUAUUUCACAUUUAAUUCAGACCGGACUGUAUAUCAGUUGCAUGUGGAAGUACCAGAUCUUUCUAAUGGAUAUCCUGUACAAAUAAAAGUUGAAAGGCAGUUGCAACGUACUACGCUUUUUGUUAAUGAUGGAAACACAACUGCUGAUGUUGUGAUGAAUUUUGUUGGCAGAUAUUUUAGAAAGCCAUGGAAUCAAGGGGAACAUUUAGAAAUUGUUUUCCCAUCGAGAGGGACUUACAGAACUAUUGAUCACAGUGAAGUGUUCCUGGGUCACGUUGGCAGUGGAACUGAAACAAAUUUCACAAAACGGGGUUUCACUGGUUGCAUACAGGGGUUUAGAAUCGGGGAUGAACUAUUCGAUCUAGAAGCAGCUGCACAAUCUGAGAACCCUGAUGCAAAAUAUGGAACUGUAAGGCCUGGCUGUUCCAUGAUGUGCGACUUCCGCCCCUGCAACAAUGAAGGUCUCUGCAUCGAGCAUUGGGAGGAGAAUGUUACCUCGUGUGAUUGUUCAUUGACAUCAUAUACAGGAGAAGCAUGCCAGAAAGACAUUGGUGGCAAUUUCGAUGGUAAAACAACUAUAAAAUAUGCAUUUAAUGAAGAAGAAAUCAAUCAGGAAAUGCUAUCCAGUGUUGCUGUUAGACUAGCAUUCUCUACUGAUGCCAGAAUUAAAUCUUUCCAAGUGCUUUUCUUCACUCAGUUCCAAGAAAAAAAAUAUAUUCUUAUUGGAAUAACUGAAGAUAAUUCAUUGCUAGUUGAAGAGAAGAUAGGUCAAGCUGUUAUAAAGAGAAAAGCCAAGACAAGCAGUACAUGGGCUGAUGGAAACAGGCAUUGGUUCUACUUUUCAUGGAAAUCAGAAAUAGUGACUUUAAUUGUUGAUGGAGAAAAUCAUAAUCCCUUUAUUCAAGUGAUUGGAUCUUCCAGUGAAGUCUUUGAAGGAUCUUCAAAUGUUCUGUACAUAGCUGGCUUACCAAAAAGUCUUUCACGCUCUGGAGAGUAUUCUAAUUUUCAGGGAUGCAUUUCAAAUGUUAUGAUUGAAUUUGGAGACUUGGAACUCAUGCCUCUUGAAACAGCAUUUGGCUACAAGAAAGGUUCACUAGAUCGCAUUAAAAUAGACGGAAGUGUCAAUGAAAGGAAGUGUGCUUCAUUUGCCCAGUUAUCUCAGUUACUAGCAACAUUGCCUUCAAACAUACCCCCUGAAAUACAGGGUCCAGAAUGGUUCCCUGAACCACCAACUACAGCAUUAUAUAAAAGCAUGUUCGGAGAUAUGACAACAAAACCACUUGACAGCAUUAUAAGAGCAAGCAGUCGUGUUGCAGCUGUAAUGGGUGUGUUGCUUAUUAUUGUUGUAUUAGCUUUGCUGUUCUAUAUCUAUCGCAUUCAACGUCGUCACAAGAGGGAAAGAAUGGGUGAUGAAUAUCACAUCUAUAAAAAGGGCAAAAGAAGACCUACUGGUGCUGCUGGAAGUCUAAAAGCAGUCAGCUUUUCUCCUGAAGAAGAUGAAAGAAUUGGUGACUAUUCAUCAGAUAUGCAUCCAAUGGUUCCUCUCCCCUCUUCACCACCAGCUUAUUCACCUCCUGCUUCCAUGAGCUUCAUGAAGAUGCCUUUCAGGACUGAAGCCAAUGGCAAAGAUGUCAGAUUCAGUGCAGAUAUCAAUUCCAUCGAGAUGCCACCACUCCGCUCCACUUCCUCACAAGAACUGGAAUGGGAUCCAGCUGGAGCACAGUUAGUUAGCACUGCUCUAGAUGAUAUGGAAACUGAUGAAGCUGAAAAUAAUGGAGAAAGAGAAAGUGAAGAUGAGGAUGGUCCUCUCCCAGAGCUAAAAAAUCAAUUUGCUCCAUUGGCAUCGGUCAGUGAAGUCACCAUCAACAGAUUGAGCCAAACAUUUGCAUAACUUUAGCGCUGAAAAAAUUCCCAUUUCAUUGUGAUAGAACAUGAAUAUCUCGUUAAAAAACGAGCUAAUAACAGUUUUUUUUUCUGAACUUUGUGUAGUUACAAUGUGCUUUUAUCAAUUUUUGUUAUCAUUAGUUGGCAAACUUUUUUUCUUGUCAUGUGGAGAUAUUUUCACUGAAGUUCCUAGAUGCAUUUUAUCUGUUCAUUUUGUUUAACUAUAAGUUCUUAACCAAAUUUAUAACAAUUUUAAUCAUCCCCUCCCCCUCCUAUUUGAAAAUACAUUUGGCUACACCGUUGAUAUUCUAUUUAAAUAUUUAUUUAAAGAUGCAUGUAACAUCUGUUGAAAGCAUCAGCCUCAUCUUAUUAUAUUGUAAAUACUGUUACUUAAACUGAAUCAAAUUUGCAACCCUUUUGUUUUUCCUAUUAAAUGCAGAUAGCAAUUCCAUUAAAAUUUAAUGUAUCACUAAACGACUUCCUCAAAUUGUACAUUUUCCUGUUGUAAAGCAAGAAUUAAUAUUUUUUUAUUAGCCUGCUCAUCCAUGCUAAAUUACAAAAAAUAACUCGUUUUUCACUCAAUUUUAGAUUGUAACCUUUUUCUGUAUCAAUCCAUUAUAUAUUUUAGAAAUAAUUUUAUGAUGCUAAUAUGUUCCACAUUUUCAGUUAUCCAUUAGUAUUUUUUCUAAAUAUAUUGGCAAUGUGCAAUAACUGCUUUAGAAAGAACAUAUAAAUUUAUGCUGGUGUAAUGUGCUAUUAUUCCAAAUAUACUUCAUGUUUGUAAAUAAGCAUAUUCUUUUAGAAAAUCAAUGAUUAAAAAAAAAAAAAAAAAAAAAACACCUCAGUAUUGAUUAUCAACUUUCAUUUUUUGUGAUAUACUUAACAUUCCUAUCUCAGAGUUAGGCAUUUUCAUCUGCGCACGACAUGUGAAUCCCAUUGCAGUUGUUUUCAGCAUGAAAUCCAGUUUUUAUUCAGUAAAAUUAUUCACUUGUUUAUUUUAAGCUUCAUUUUAUUUUAAAACACAAUGUAGACCAGACACGAGAAUUGUCCUGGUUUUUCUUGUCAAAUGACCAUUUAAAAGCAUAACCAUGUACUUCUCUCGUAUUUUUUGUCAAUUUCUUUUCAGGUGGAAGAGUUUGUAAACCCUUGAUUGAAUAGUCCCUGAUCAUUUUCACAACGUUAUCAUCAUAAUAUGUCCAUUCACAGUUUAUCAGUCCACAAUGUGUUAAUGCUCAAUAUUGCACUUUAACCAGUCUACAUAUGAGGAAUUCAAUACAUAAUUUUUAUCUGAAAGCUAUGGUGACAAACAGGGUGUCAAUGAAAAAAAAAACCUUUUUUAACCUAAGUCCCAUAACCGCUCUCAAAUUCAAAUUUCACUAGUUUGCCUUUUCCCUUAUUAGUGAAACCUACCUUUCUUCCUUAUUUUUUAAUUUGUUCCAAAGGUUUAUUCUCAUUUGGUUAUUUGAACCUACUCAUUAGUCUCUCUCGUUACUCAAACUCUGAAUUCAAUUUUUUAGUAAUCGCCAGUAGACUCGUAAGUUUUAGACACUUUUUUAAAAAUUAUUAGUAUCCUUUUUAUCCAAGACUUCUGCUAAAAUUAGCUGUGAAAAAAGUAUUAGUUAACGAGGUCUGUUACUAGUUGUAUGCCUUUUAAUUUAAAACAGAAUAAAGAAAACUUAACAUUUCUUUGUCGAUUAAUUGUUUAAAAAAAAUUUAAAAUAUAGAUCAAUAAAACAAAAUACAUUUUUAAAAAUACUUAUCAAGCAAAAACAAAAUGAUUUCUGAGAUAAAUACUGCAUUGAAGCAUCAGAAUGAAUUUUUAUUGCAAAUAAAGAUGGAUG